UAAAUCGUUAAUGGAUCAACCUUGUACAACAGUCUUUCAACAUUAGAGUGUCUGAAGGGGGAAAUAAAAAGGAUUUAAGAGCAGCUUAUUAACUGCAGUCACACACAUUUCAGAUACCAGCACAGUAUGCUGUUUGGCAGGUAUGAAAAUGUUUUUAUGUUAACAUGCCUCAACAUAACCCUGCUCCCGCUCAGAUCCCAAAACCUUGUAAAACAAAAGAGGGGAAGGAAGUCUGGCAGGGAUUCUCAUCGUGUACACAGUGGAGGUUAGUCGGUCAAGUUACACCACUUUAACUUGCCACUCCCUGAGUGUAUGAUCAGGUGAUUUGAUGAAGGUGUGUCCUCUUAAUGCUUUCUUUUUUACCCACGCUUUUCAACGGACACCAUUUUACUCUCACCUCCUCUUUGAGAGACAAGAUAAAACAAACACUUAGAAAAGACCAGUGUUGUAAGGUGAAUGAGCAUGGCUGUUUCAGGGGGACUCAAGUGUGUGAAAUACCUUAUGUUUAUCUUCAACUUCUUGUUCUGGAUUGCAGGAACUGCUGUCUUUGCUAUAGGCCUAUGGCUAAGAUUAGACCCAAAGACCAAAGGUCUGUUUGAAGGACCAGAUGCGCCAUAUGUGUUCUACACAGGUGUGUAUAUCCUGAUUGGAGCUGGAGCACUGAUGAUGGUGGUGGGUUUUCUGGGAUGUUGUGGGGCCAUCCAGGAGUCACCCUGUAUGCUUGGACUGUUCUUCUUCUUCCUGCUUAUCAUCUUUGCCGUUGAAGUUGCAGCAGGAAUCUGGGGAUUUUCCAAUCAAAGCAAGGUGGUGGAUGAUAUCACAGCAUUCUACCAUCAAACUUACAAGAAUUACCAGUCAACAGGAGAUGAGCGUCUUAAAGAGACUCUGCGGGUCAUUCAGACUGGGUUGAACUGCUGUGGUCCAACUGGUAGUGUUGUAGAGACUGCCAAAGACACCUGUCCCCGGGGAGAAUUACUUGAGGAGCUCAUUACUAAGAGCUGUCCUGAUGCCAUAGAUGAGGUGUUUGACUCAAAACUGCACAUCAUUGGAGGGGUGGGCGUCACCAUUGGAAUUGUUAUGGUGUUCGGGAUGAUAUUUAGUAUGCUCUUGUGCUGCGCCAUCAGGAAGUCUCGGGAGGUGGUGUGACACCCACCAUCACUACAAGCCCUUAUUAAUGUUGCAUGAUGUCAUUCCCAGAGUCACACGACUCUCCACUGCCAAUAGAAACACUGCUUGUUCAAGGGGGAUAACUUAAGCUAGGCUGAUACAGAAAUUUCUGAAUAUUACAUCAGUUCUAACUGUACUGCUGACACUUAGCACCACCUUCGUGAACUAGAUAGAUGCAAUGUGGUUAUUAGGCCCAAUCAUAGAAUGGGAUUCAUCUGUGCUUCAAUUGAAAAUGUAAUACGGAAUGUGUAAUUUUGUGAUCAUUUGAUUGAAAUUAAUGUGUGUGAACUGCUAAAUAUCUAAACAAAAGGUUGUAUUCUUGUAUUUUGAUCACAUGCUGGCAAGAAGAGUCAUGGUUCAGGGCCAAAAAAGGCAACCACCACCACUUCAGCACAAUACUGCAGUAGCCAAUACAAUCUACUCUACUCUUUUUUUAUUACAACACUGAAAUAAAACCACAGUGACUAUUUGUAGCUAAUUGGAUACCAAGCUGUGAACUUUCCCACAGCUUGGUAUUAGAGUAGCAUUUCAGUUCUUCAACAGUUACAGACAUUUGUUAAUUUUCGUCUCCCAUUAUGCCCUUUUUGAAGAGCGCCUUUAAUUUUUCUGUCAGUUUUUAAAAUUGUCUUUUUUUAUUUGUAUAAGAUUUCUGAAUUUAUUGGGUUGUGUGGUACAUGCAGUUUGAUGAUGUAUUUUAUAAGGUCCUUUUCAUUUUACAGAGAUUAAGUUGAUUUAUACCAUGUGCACUAUGUUUCACAGAGGAAAACAUAUGGAGCCAAAUAAACCAAAAUGUACUAACGGA